AUGCCAGAGCCAACUAAAAAAACUGUCUCUGCUUUCAUCAAGAAACCAAAAACUCAGACAGCUAAGAUUGGGGCAACAGUCAUAUUCGAAGCAGAGACUGAAAAGCCUGAUGUGAAGGUGAGAUGGCAGCGAGACUCCAAGGACAUCUCGCCCAGUUACAAAUACACCAUCUCAAAAGAAGACAGUACGCAUUCUCUCACCAUAAACAAUGCAGUCCAUGAGGAUGCCGUAGGAUAUGCUGUUAUUGCUGGGGUGUCAAAGGUGAAAUUUGAAUUAAAGAUAAAGGAGUCAGAAGUCAAGGAAGCUGUGGCCCCAGAGCCUGCAGCUGUGGAUGCUAAGGCCAAUGAACCUAAAGAGGCUUCACCAGCAUCUACUGAAAGCUCAGCACCAGACACCAGUAGACAUGCAUCAGAUGGGGCAGCUGAUGCUCUGCCUGAAAGUAACCAACCGGACACCAGACAGGACCUCACGGGUCUCUUCACAGAAAAGCCUCAGAGUGGGGAGGUCACUGUAGGUGAGAAUAUUACUUUCGUGGCAAAGGUUUGUGGAGCAUCUCUCCUGAAGAAGCCCACAGUGAAAUGGUUCAAAGGGAAGUGGAUGGAUCUGGUGAGCAAGUCAGGGAAGCACCUGCAGCUGAAGGAACACUAUGACCGCAACAUUAAGGUGUACACAUUCGAGAUGCAUAUCAUCGCAGCUAAAGCAAACUAUGCUGGAGCAUAUCGCUGUGAGGUGUCAUCUAGAGACAAGUUCGACAGCUGUAAUUUUGACUUAAUAGUACAUGAGGCUCGUGUAACAGAAGGCUUCGACAUCCGCAGUGCAUUUAGACGCACUAGCACUGAUGCAGGUGACGACUCAGGAGAACUGGACUUUAGUGGCUUAUUGAAAAAGAGAGACAGUUUCUUAAAAACUGGUCUACGAGCUGUUCACGUGAGCACCGAGCCUGAGGUAGAUGUGUGGGAAAUCCUGCAGAAAGCUCCAUCCUCUGCGUAUGAAAAGAUUGCCUUCCAGUAUGGAAUCACAGACCUGCGUGGGAUGCUUAAGAGACUUAAAAAAAUGAAAAAAGAAGAAAAGAAGAGUGCAGCAUUUCUCAAGAAGCUGGACCCAGCAUACCAAGUUGAAAAAGGACACAAGAUCAAACUGCAAGUCGAGGUGGCCAAUGCAGACGUAGAAGUUAAAUGGCUAAAAAAUGGACAAGAGAUACAUCCAACUGGAAGCAAGUACAUUUUUGAGAGUGUGGGAAACAAACGCUUCCUAACCAUCAACAACUGCACUCUAGCCGAUGAUGCUGCCUACACCUGUGUGAUAGGAGAUGAAAAAAGUGUCACUGAGCUCUUUGUUAAAGAGCCUCCUAUCCUGAUCUUGCGGAACCUAGAAGAUCAGAUGGUAAUGAAAGGCGAGAGAGUGGAAUUUGAGUGUGAGGUGUCUGAAGAAGGGGCACAGGUAAAAUGGGAGAAAGAUGGUGUGGAACUCACACGGGACGAGUCAUUCAAGUACCGCUUCAAAAAAGAUGGAUGUAAACAUGUUCUUAUCAUCAAUGAUGUAACCAAGGAGGACGGUGGCCAUUACACGGUGAAAACCAAUGGAGGCCUAUCUUUAGCAGAGCUUUUGGUUCAGGAAAAGCAGCUAGAGGUCUAUCAAAGCAUUGCUGACCUGACAGUGAAGGCCAAAGACCAGGCUGUGUUUAAGUGUGAGGUUUCUGAUGAGAAUGUGAAAGGCAUUUGGUAUAAAAAUGGAGUGGAAGUGAAGCCCGAUGCCAGAACUCACGUCACACACAUUGGCAGGAUUCAUAAACUUACCAUUGAUGAUGUGAAGCCAGAGGAUGAGGGAGACUACACUUUCGUUCCUGAGGGACAUGCUUUCAACCUCUCUGCCAAGCUCAACUUCUUGGAGGUCAAGAUUGACUAUGUUCCUCGUCAAGAUCCUCCUAAGAUUCAUCUGGAUUGCAUGGGUCGCACUGCCGAGUCCACAAUCUUGGUUGUGGCAGGAAACAAACUUCGUCUUGAUGUACCGAUUACUGGAGAUCCUGCACCCACUGUCAUCUGGACCAAGUCUGACAAGGUGCUGACAGACACAGAUGGGCGUGUCCAUGUGGAGAGUACCAAAGGCCAUUGCAUCUUUACCAUUGAGGGGGCGGAGCGUCAGGAUGAGGGCAUGUACUCUGUCACUGUACGCAACCCUGCUGGAGAGGAUACAGCUGACAUAAAUGUUAAAGUUGUUGAUGUGCCAGACCCACCUGAAGCUCCCAGAAUCCUUAGCGUUGGUGAAGAUUCGUGCAUUGUCCAGUGGGAUCCCCCACUCUUUGAUGGCGGCCAGUCAGUCAUAGGUUAUGUACUGGAAAGGAAGAAGAAGAAGAGUUACAGAUGGAUGAGACUGAACUUUGAUCCUUAUAAAGACACGACAUAUGAGGCCAAGAGAAUGAUUGAGGGCGUGGCCUAUGAGAUGCGAAUUUAUGCAGUGAAUGCCAUCGGCAUGUCAUGCCCUAGCCCUGCCUCCCAACCAUUUGUGCCAAUUGCUCCCACCAGUGAGCCAGUUGGUCUGUGUGUGGAAGACAUCAGUGAUACCACCAUCUCACUCAAAUGGAGACCUCCAGAGAAGAUAGGCUCAACUGAUUUCAAUGGCUAUGGGGUUGAGUACUGCAAAGAAGGCUCUGAUGAAUGGAUUCCUGCGUUCACGGGUCUUACAGAAAGGACCUCCGUGACCAUCCGUGACCUGCCUACUGGAGAGAAGAUGCAGUUUCGUGUGAGGGCGUAUAAUAUGGCAGGCCCAAGUCCUCCUGCCGCACUGCAACAGGCAGUGACCAUUCGUGAAAUCAUGCAGCGCCCUAAAAUCUGGAUCCCUCGUAACCUUCGUCAGACGGUCAUCAAGAAAGUAGGAGAAACUAUUAACCUAGUGAUCCCUUUUCAGGGUAAACCACGACCUAAAGUGACCUGGACGAAGAAUGGUGGGCCUCUGGACCCGAAGCAGGUCAGCGUAAGGAACAGCGACAAUGAUUCCAUCUUCUUCAUCAGGAGAUCAGAGAGGAAUAAUUCUGGGAAAUAUGAGCUUCAAGUGCAAAUUGAGAAUGUGGAGGACAGGGCCAGUUUGAAUAUACAGAUCGUGGACCUGCCGGGCCCACCUCAGAAUUUAAAGUUUGUGGAUGUGUGGGGCUUCAACGUUGCCCUGGAAUGGAAACCACCCAAAGAAAAUGGCAACUGUGAUAUCACAGGCUACAUCAUCCAAAAGGCUGACAAGAAAACAAUGGAAUGGUACACAGUGUAUGACCAGUAUCGUCGCACUAACUGUGUAGUGUCAGAUCUGAUCAUGGGGAAUGAGUAUUUCUUCCGUGUGUACGCCAUAAACAUGGUGGGUCUGAGUCCAGAGCCUUGCAUGUCCAAAGACAGUGCCUACAUCCUGAAAACAGGCAUUGAAUACAAGCAUCCCUCCUACAAAGAACAUGAUUUCUCAGAGGCUCCCAAAUUCACACAUGCUCUUGUGAGUCGCUCGGUUAUUGCGGGAUACAACGCUACACUCAGCUGCGCCGUAAGAGGCAUCCCCAAGCCUAAAAUCACAUGGUACAAAAACAAGAUGGACAUUACAAAUGAGGCCAAGUACCGUAUGUUAAGCAAACAAGGCGUGCUGACUCUGGAGAUCCGUAAUCCCUGUCCGUUUGAUGGAGGCGUGUACACGUGUAAGGCGGUCAAUGACAGUGGAGAGGACAUAGUGGAAUGCAAACUGGAAGUUCGUUCCCCCUCACUCCCUCAGCCCGUGGGUAAACAGAAAGGUCAGGUUUACUCUGUGUGAAACGUGUUCAAGCUCAAAUCACAAAAGAAGAUGCCAAGAAAUGAGAGACGGGCAUGUCUCAUGGUUUGGAGAAACUGACUCUGUGUCCUCUUUCUGUCCUGAAAGGACCCCAUGACCAUAAUGAAUCAAAUGAUAGAGCAAAUAAAUAAUUGUUUCAUCUGCAUGUGCUCAAAGAUUCUCACUCACAGCCCAUGGUUCUGUACUUUAGUGUGUUUUCUUGUCUUUAUUGCUUGUUUUCAUUUCAGAGUAAUUGAAGUCUGUGUUGUAAGAAUAAUUCUUCCUUCCACAUUGUGACGUUAUAUAACAUGCUCAAUAAAGUUUAUGGUUGCCUUGC